AGUCAAUAAAGCAGGUAGCAAGAUGUAACGACAACAAGCACUGCACUUUACCGAACUUUUUAUUUUCUGUCUCACUUGACAUGUGUUUGAGGUAUUUAAACCCGUAUAGUUAAAUGAAACCACACGCCUAUCAACAUUUGGACGUACUGCGAAUUGAGACUUUUGCCGGUAAAAACGCACAAAUUCAAAAUGCGGACAGAGGGACUUCUCUCGAGCGUUAACGUUGUUCUUGUUAUGACUUACGGAAGUCUGGUUUUUGUUUUGCUGUUCAUCUUUGUCAAACGACAAAUUAUGCGACUUGCCAUGAAGUCUCGAAGAGGUCCACACGCUCCUCUAGGCCACAACGCACCAAAGGAGCUGAGACAAGAAAUUGAUGCCAAACUUAGUCUAGUCCAGAAAAUCCACUUUGAGCCUCGUCUGUUGUCUCCAGAUGAUGACCGGCUAAACAAGAGAGACCAGUCUGGUUCCUAUGACUACCUGUACAGGAUGAAAGCACUGGAUGCUAUCAGAGACACUGAUUUUCCUUUCCGUGAACUGGGUGGAACGUCCACUGCUGUGACUGGGAAAAGAUUUCGGACUUGGCUGUUGCAGCUACGAAAUUCCCAUUGCAUGUUCAGAGACAGCCAGAGCUCUCUCAUUGAUACGGUGCUAGAUGGCUACAAUAAAGCACGUCAUGGGGCAGAGGUCAGCAGCUUGUGUUUGUUUGCUUUUGGUGAGGCAGACUUUUUAAAAUAUCAGGAAGCUCUCACUGAACUGGCCUCUAUUGUUAAGUCUUGCAGCAGCAACAGUUCUCCAAGCCAGCACCAUCAGGCUGCAGCCAAGGACCUGACCAGCACCUCAGAGCCUGCAAGCGUCUCGUCUUCACCCCCCACCCAAACCUCCUACCUCACGUCCUCGAUGCAGCAGCGCAGCAAGAGACCCAGACACUUCCUGGAGCUGAAGAACUUAAAAGGCAACUACAACACUCUGGACAGUACUCUCUGAAUUUCGGCUGAGUCUGUCUAAAAAGAGAGAUCAAGGAAGUGGGGCUGCCAAUGAUCUGUGCCUAUAAGAACAGCAAUGGGUCACAGUUAUCGUUACAGAGAAAAGAACAAAACACUGCCUUUGUAUGCUAACAUAUGCUGCCUGGUUUACAGAAUAGUACAUAUCAGACUACUGGUGAAGUGCUUUUUGCCUAAGUGUAGCUUAUGCUUAUAUCCUGUAUUAUUGCAUUAAUGAGUGCUAUAUCGGGUUAAAAAGACUAAAAUAGAAAGUAUGGUUGAUUUGACCAAAAUAAAACACUGCUAUGGGGCUAUGCAAUCACACAGGACAAUCGGUAUUUAUUGCACAAUGUAAAAGCCUAUGCAGACAUGAAUUAUGUUUAACUAAUAGUUAAUGUUUGUACGGCAAACUGAUUUACACUGAGAACAAAAACAGUUUGCGAGUUAUUUUUAUAAUUUGUUUUUUUUUGUUUUGUGUUUUUUGUUACUUUAAGCUGUGAAUUCAGCAGCUUGUGCUUUUAAAGUCUUGUGUUACUGAAGCCAUAAUUGUUUCCAGGAACUGUGAUGACGAAGUGCUUUUCUUUGUUCGAUCAGUUAUGUCAGUGCAAUGUAUCUUAACAGUACUGCAGUGCAUUAAUGUGUCUUGGAUGUGAGGCGUGGCCUCAGGAUGUCUCAUUCUCAACCUGUACAGACCGGCCUACUGUUGUCUGAGCUGUGUCUGUUUUAUCUGGCAUUAAAGAUUUCCAGGGAGGUAUUUUUAUGCCUGAGAAUUUUCAUUUUCUCUUACUGUACAAGUUACCAUCCAAAUAAAGCUGUGACAUAUAGA